AUGAUUAAACUAACUUUAAAAGAAGCAAUGAAGAUUGGAUUCAUUGGAGGUGGUAGACUAGCAUAUGCUUUAGCUAAUGGCUUCAUAUCAGCAGGAUUAGCAAAACCUGAUGAAAUUACAGCAAGUUGUCAUCCAUUGGAUAUUGCCAGCGCUGAAGCAUUUAAGGGUCUUGGAGCAACAGCCGUAUUCGAAAACAUACCUGUAGUGGAACGGUCAGAGGUUGUAAUCGUCUCAGUCAAACCGGAUGUUGUAGUGAAAGCUCUGUCAGAUGUCAAAAAUCUACCAGCUUCCAAGAAUAAGCUCUUCAUAUCUGUUGCUAUGGGAGUGUCUACAAAGACUAUUGAAAAUGCACUACCGCAAGAGGCCCGAGUGAUACGAGUAAUGCCCAAUACUCCAGCAUUAGUUAAAGAAGGGGCUGCAGCAUUAAGUCGAGGAUCUAAAGCCACAGAAGAGGAUGCUAAGAUUACAUCAGAACUGUUCAGAGCUGUAGGCACCUGUGAUGAAGUGCCCGAAUACCAGAUGGAUGCUGUAACUGCUUUAAGUGGUAGUGGACCGGCUUAUGUAUACAUGCUAAUAGAAUCGUUAGCGGAUGGCGGAGUCAGGUGUGGCUUGCCUCGGGACUUGGCGCUUCGAUUGGCGACGCAGACGACCUUAGGUGCAGCCGCGAUGCUACGUACCGGCGGCCAUCCUGCUGCUAUGAAAGAUAAUGUGACAUCUCCAGCCGGAUCCACUGCUGAGGGAACUUAUCAUUUGGAACAAAAUGGCUUUAGAUCAGCAAUUAUAGGCGCUGUGAUGGCAGCCUCAAAUAGAUGUAAGGUUGUCAAUGACCAACUCAACCAA